UUGCGAUUUGUUUGUCAUAGCGAAUGUUUCAUAAUAGGUUAUUGUACUCGCGCGCGGUGCUACUUACACACUACUUACACAGCGAACCCGUUCGCUCCGAUGCUCGCCAGAUAUUAUUGCACUUUGUAAUUGAAACGAAAUGUAAUGCGACGCAGUGGAACAAACGAAAUGGUCGAAGAGAAGAGAAAAAAAAACUGCGCACGCAAUAAUGGCACGAAGCGCGGCGCAUAGCGCACGACACGAAUUUUUCCAGCCGCCGUUCGCGCGAUGCCUUUGCGCUCGUGUCAACUUGUUUCCAACUCCGGCUAGCGGCGAUCGCACUGCACGAUUUGUAUGCGCAUUUAAAAUUUAAUGCGAGUUUAAUGCGUCUGCUGGGAUCACUCGCGUAAUUAAAUUGCAAUUUCUUAAUAAUUAUUCUCUGUCAUAAACAUUGAUUCUUGCUCCGGAGCGUGCACCACGUCAAACUGAUAGUUUACUUCUCUUUACAACACACACAGCUCGCGGUCGAGUGGUUAAAUGCGAGUUUUGUAACUUUGCGAGUGUCGGUUGAAAUAUUGGGAUGAGGAUCGCGCUGAAAUUCUUCGAUAAAUCUCCGCGUAGUUAGCGAUGCUUGGAAAGUGGCCGCACAAUUUUACUAACAACUCUCGCAGUGUCGCAAUGCCGGCUCGGAGAUGCAAAGAUUUAACGCAGAAAUCGUGUGCGUCUAAUAGUCUAAUGCAAUGAUAAUGACGAUUGGCCAACCAUUCGAACCGAGUGCGGCGACAGCGAACUUCGAGAUUUUUCUUCAUUCCCCGGUGCUGUAAUUUAUGUGGCGAGCACACAGCACAGCGAGUGAGCGCGCGGUGGUUUACGAGCGCAUUUCGUUUUCUCGUCAAUUAUUCUCAGCGCCUCUCGCGAUGCACACAAAAUGGCACAAUUUGAUCCUAAUCUAUAUCGCCGUGAGUGCGCCCCGAAGGCGCGGAUAAUAACGCAAGAGAAUUUGUAAACGAGUGAGAAAAUUGCGGCAAUAAUCGGCCAGUUCGUUGACACGAUAAAGCACAACAAACAAACAAGACGACGACGACGACGACGGAACGGCGAAAAAAAAAACACACGCGCGCGGCCGCGUUGCGCGAACAACCGCGCUACGCCGACCGCAACAACAAUGCCAUUACUAACCAAGUUUCGUAACGCCGCAUCGCACGGUGAGUGAGUGCAAUCAUAGCACACACAAUUUUGCCACAAUUUCGACCGACGCUCUGAUGAUGGUCACGUGCAUGCAUAUGCGCCCGGGCCGUUUCGUCAUCGGCGAAGAGACGCACUCCGAAGACGCAAACGUGACGCCGCCAACGUACGCCACAUCGCACGACAUCGAUUCGCGUCCUUAAUUCGGCCCCGGCAGUAUGUGCAGGAAAUUUGACGUUUUCCAGCACGCGCACGUUUUCGGGCAUCGUUAAUUCUAUUCCGCGUGCGUUCAACGCCCCCCGGCCCGCUUUCGAGAUCGGUGUGUAGCAACAAUGCGUUUCGGCAAAAACAACAAUAACACGUGACGCCGAUUACCAAUUGCGCGCACAUGACGCCGAAAUGAACCAUAAUAAACACAACGAUGACGUGUGUCGCCAUCCGCGACCCAGAAGAAGACCAUUCGGGAACACCGCGCGCAUUAGAAACGAACCGGCUUACCUGACUCGAGGAAAUUUGAUAUUCCGAGCAGUCGGAUUAUGCAAUGCGCGCCGAGAGAGGCACCAAUUCGAAAUCUCAACUUGUCAACAACUCCGCCCGGCAUGGUCACGUCGGAAUUUUAAUUCCGAAUUAAAGCAGCGAUUAUCCUCUUUAUGCCGAAUUUCUAUAUCAUUAUCCCAAGUCUGAACAACAGUAAAUUCGUUAUCAUUGAGUUCAUCACUGGCCUUAGUUCUGUCACAAGUUCGUAACAGAUUGUGAGGAAGGUGUACAAGUCCCGCGACUUCGAGCAGUCCGUCGGGAUCGUGGUGUCGCGUAGCGUAUUUUAUCCGGCAUCAUCUGCGAGACUGGCCUACCUAAAAUUCUAAUUCUUAACGUAAACAUACAUAAAAUACACAAAAUUCGCACUGCAAGGAUGCUCCUCCUCAUCAUCAGCUCCAAGUCGAAAAUACGCCAAGAAGACAAGAUCAAAACAGAGUCAAUUAAAUCAGAAUUUAAUGCAUGUCAUGAAAAUAUUUCAAUAAUUUAUAUUUUAAUGCCGAAGACGACAGAAAAUUCAAUCAUUUGAAGACGUAAAUUAUUUUUAUGUGAGUAUUUAUACAUUCAAUGAUAUUCGGAGGGUUUUGCAUGAUAACGACUCUUGUUUCUGUGAAGAUGGAAGAAGACACGCAGUGGAUUACCCUCCAAUCGAUAGGUCCGAUCAAACAGCAGUCCCAUUUCCAUGUCUCAUCACCGAUCACCGCCCGCUGCCGGUGCACCUCGCCUUUCGUGGCCUCACCGUCAGCGUGGGCAAUCGCCAGAUUCUGCGCGAUGUCGAUGGGUUGGUGCGACCCGGUCAGCUGCUGGCCGUUAUGGGUCCUUCCGGGUGCGGCAAGACCACACUGCUGAAUUGUCUCAGUGGUCGCCUGCGGCUUGACAGCGGGCAUAUUUAUCUCAACCGCGACCAGCUGUGCAAGCGGUGGAAGCGUAAGAUCUGCUAUGUGCUGCAGCAGGACAUCUUCUUUCCGGAUCUCACGCUUCGGCAGACCCUGGAGUACACUGCGAGACUCCGCCUGCCAGAUACCAUGAGCCAUUCGCAGAAGAUGCAGUAUGUGGACCAUAUUAUCGACGUCCUGGAGUUGGGUCCUUGCCAGGACACCAUUAUCGGGGACUAUAUCAAACGGGGGUUAAGUGGUGGCGAGAAAAAACGCGCGAAUAUAGCUUGCGAAUUGCUGACGAACCCAUCCUUGAUGCUGCUCGACGAACCCACCUCCGGCCUCGAUUCGUACGCUGCUUUUAAUCUCAUGACGACGCUAAAGCGGUACGCGGUCUCCGAGGGUAAGACGGUGGUCGUCACGCUCCAUCAACCCUCCAGUCAGAUAUUUCAUCUCUGUGACAAGCUUCUGUUGCUAUGCGGUGGGCAGACGGCUUAUUUCGGCGACACCUGUAAAGUGGUCGACUUUUUUGCCAACGUAGGACUUCACAUUAUGCCUCAUUAUAAUCCUGCUGAUUUUAUACUGGAACAAGUGAAAGGAUCUUCUGAAGUUCGACAGAAAAUCAUCGCCGCGGCGAGAGAUGCUCGCGAGGCGAAAGAUUACCCUGUCGAAUUGCACGAUUGCAUUUAUUUACAAGAAAAGUUUAUGGAUACCUCAGGACGCGUGAUGGAUCCCACGCAUCAUCCAUUUCCACAUCUAGACCCAGGUAUGACCAACAGCAACCUCCCCUCGGAGGACAUGCUCAAUUCCAUGGAGCCAGACGUCCGUCGCCUGUGGUUGGACACGCACUCACACGCGUCUUCUUCCAGCAGCGAGACGAGCGAUUCCGACUGUUACUUCUCCUGGCCGACCAGUUUCUGGACGCAGUUCAAGGUGCUCUCCCAGCGGAACUUUCAAGAGGCUCGACCACGCAUGCUCUCCAAGCUCAACUGGGUGCAAACCAUCGGCUUGGGGCUGAUGGCCGGCCUCCUUUGGUUCCAGCUGGAACGGCGCGAGGAGGCUCUGCAUGAUAUACAGGGCUGGAUGUUUUUCUCCACCACGUAUUGGAUGCUCUUCGCACAUUUCGGUGCGUUGAGCUCGUUCCCACCGGAACGCGAGGUAAUCAACAAAGAGCGGCAAUCGGGGGCGUACCGUUUGAGCGCUUACUAUUUAGCGAAGAUGGUCGGCGAGUUGCCACUCACGGUGACCCUGCCGGCCAUCUAUCACGUGAUAUCCUACCCAAUGCUCGGCUUCCAUUCGCCGGUGGUGUUCUUCACGCUGCUGGGCUUUCUGCUACUCAACACCAUCGUGGCACAGAGCGUGGGUUUUUUCAUUGGAGCGGCUUGCAUGGACAUGCAGGUGAGCAUCACGAUCAGUGCGCUCUACACGCUGGCCACGCAGUUGUUUGGAGGGUACCUUGCUACGAACAUACCCGCGUGGCUCACGUGGAUGCGCUACUUGUCGAUGGUGCACUACGCCUAUCAGAAUAUGCAGAUCGUCGAGUUUAGCGAUGGACUGCCAAUAAUGUGUUCAAAUACAAGCAAAUUUCCAAUCUGUGCCGACUCGUCGCACAUACCGGUGUCGGCGAUCCUGGAGGCGCAGGGACCGCACCUGCCGCUGUGGGCCAACACGUGCGUGCUGGUCGCCUUUCUUCUGGUGUUCCGACUGCUGGGAUACGUCGUGCUGCGAUAUUUCCGUACACCCAAGUGACCCAUAUGUGAUAAACUACCCAUAGAUAUUAUUAUAUAAGAGCAACGUUUAUAGUCUCUUUGUUAUCAUUAUUUAAUCAAAAGAAAAAACAAACAAGCAAACAGAAAGAACGCAUGCAGGCGCAAAGAUGGAACGAAACGACCGACCACUUAGAAAGAAGUGCACCACGGAGCAGAGAUUAAUUUAAAGUCGUCAGCGGCCGCAUCGCUCCGGCCUCCGAGUACAACAUGUCAAACGAGACAAUAAUCAACGGGGCGCGAUGUGCCUCCACCAAAGUGCGCCGCCGAGGAGGCCGCCGAACGGAGGAACCGCAAACGGAAUGGGAAACUUUGAAAUCAACACACGUGACUGCUUUAAACAUUUUUUACUCGACGGCUGUGCUACGUUUAUUAUUAUUAUUAUUCUAUUAAUUAAACACUAUAGUUAGGUGUGUUCGUUUUAUUUAAAGAAAAAGCAAAAACAAAAUCAUAUGAAACAUACAUAUAUCUAGCAGAAAUGACGUAAUUAUUGAACGGACGACGCAUGCGACGGUGCGGCUUUCGGACACACGACCAUUAUUCAACAUUUUGUGAUUCAUUCCUUGAAGAAGCUAUCUCAACUGCCGUGAAUACGAUAUAUUUGCGACGCGAACGGUGGGCGGCGGCGGCGGCGGUAAAAAUUCGGACGAGAAAUUUUGCAAAACACAAAAAAAUGUUGCACGCAGUGCCUUGGUUUUUACUACUUUGUAACUAUUACUAUUACUACAUAAAUAUACCUAUUAGAAGACGAGUGCCAAGAAUAAAAAUAAACAUUUUUCGUGCGUUUAAUGAUGUAUUUGAAUGUUUAAAUUAAUCAACCAGCUACGACUUUCAGCUGCCAUAUAAUUAAUUUUUAUUUUCGUGCAAGGACUGUGAUGAUUCUACUGCUACUAAUAUUAACUGUCAUGUAAUGAAACGCUAAAUAGUAAGAGGAUGCGACGAUAAUAAAGUGUACCACACACACACACACACACAAUCAUUUGCGACGGAAUUGUGACGGCGAGGGGGGCGAGACACAGAAUGUGCACCAAUUAAUGCGAAAUUUCACUAAAAUGAACACGAGAAGAAUCACAUGAUACGAUGUUUAAUUAUAUAAUUCUAUUAUUACUAUGAGUAUAAUUAUUAAAUGUGUAAAAUGUACUUUAAAUAGAAAUUUUAUUUUAUUACAAUUAAUCAUUAACAAAUACAUCUAAACAAGAAAACUGUACUAAUAAUAAUUAAUGCAUUAUCUUAUAUGUUAAUCCAUUUGCAAAUUGAAAGACGAAUAUGGCAAACUGAAUCAAAACGAAGCGUGAUGUGUAUGAAUCAAAAAUCAAAAACUCCAAAUGCGAGCUGUAUUGAAACAUAUUGUAUUGCGAAAAGACGUAUUGUGAAGCAAAAAUUAUUGAAAGCGUUGUAGCGUGGUUGGACCCGAUGAGAUAUUACCCGAAAGCAUGAUUACCAUCUUCUAAUCUAAUAAUGAUAGCUUAUGGCGUUAGGAUACGUUUUGAAUUGUACCACUCUUUAGUCAUGUCGAAAUGCGUUUUGUGUAGUUGCACCCUACAACUGCAAACAGAUGGCUGAAAUGCGGUGAGGCGAAGAAUCACGUAUGCGGAGCGCCCGCGAAAUUUUAUAAACUUAUAUUUGCGACUACUAUAAUUAUGUAUUAUAACCAUAUACAUAAUCUUAUUGGAUUUUUAUAUUAUAUACCUCUAUUUCUUUGUGUACAUAGUGGCAUGAUAACGAGACAUACGAAAAAUUAUAUAUUAUACGGACCAAAAAAUACCUAGGCGAAGAAUAUUGUAAUAACCAAUAACAAACCGACUACUGACGAUACUGAAAAUGAGACAUAUCUCGUGCUUUUUUCACGGUGGCCGAGCGCAGCGAAGGAGGAGGAGAUCAAAUCAAAAUGCAUGAUGGAAAUGACUCGUUUUAUUUUCGCCUGCACGCGCGCAGGAAGAGAUAUAUAACUGAUUACAAACAAACCUAUCAUACAAACAUUAUUCUAAACAUUUAUAGAAUUGUAAUACAUGCAAUACAUAACGCAAUUUUACUAUAUAAACUUAUGAACUACAACAAUUUACAUACUACAACUAUUCCGAAAAUACCUGCAAAGUAUAUAAGUUACUUCCAGUUAAUAUGUAUAAUGUAAAAGAUGUACAAAGAAGUCUGUAUGUAUGAUGAUGUUAUUUAGUUAGUCCUUGAAUAUGAAACGGUUUCUCUUUAUUACGCAGAAGCAAUAUUCGAGGGUUCUUAUUAUUUAUAUUAAUAAUAAACAAUUUAUUAAAACUG